AUGUCUCCAGUUCGCAUCGCAUCCGUCUCUUUUGAACACCACCCCUCUGGCUUUGGUGUUGGUCAUGCCAGGCCUCGCAUUUCCUGGCGCUUCUCCUCUAGCGACGCCGAUUCAAAAUGCUGGGAGCAAGAAUCGUAUGAGAUCCAGAUCGGUCGCCAAGGCCACGACAAGGCAGAGGCGAUCAGCAACUACCACGUGCAAGGCUCCGACUCUGUUCUGGUGCCUUGGCCGAGUCAUGCACUCCAAUCGCGCGAAUCUGCCUGGAUAAAGGUCAAGGUUCAUGGGAAGAAGCUCGAUGCAUAUGGAAAGGAAGCAGCAGAAAGCACAGAGUGGUCUGAUGCCGCCAUCGUCGAGACUGCGCUGCUGGACAAACAAGACUGGGUGGCAAAGCUGACGGCUUCAACGCUCUUGUCCAACAACAAUGAGCCGAUACGGCCAGUGCUGUUUCGAAAGCCAUUCUCUCUGCCUGCGAAUUCGGCAAAGAUCUCGAAAGCUCGUCUGUACAUCACAGCCCAUGGUGUGUACACAGCGUACAUCAAUGGCCACCGCAUCGGCACCGAGGAAAUGGCGCCUGGGUGGACAAGCUACGGCCACAGGCAUGCCUAUCAGAUAUUCGACGUUGCAGCGGUCCUGGCGCCAGAGAGUUCCAACGUGCUCGGCGUCGAAGUAGCCGAGGGCUGGUUCGCUGGUCGGCUGGGAAUGGACAACAAGCGCUGCUUCUAUGGGAGCAGGCUGGCAUUCAUCGCGCAGCUCGAAGUCGUCUACCAGACCGGCGAGACCCAUACGCUGGCAUCGGAUAAUACCUGGAAAUCCCACUACAGUGCAGUCACUCGCAGCGAGGUCUACGAUGGAGAAGAUUACGAUUCCCGUGAAGAGCAAAGAGGUUGGACUUUGGACCCAGCCUUUGGCGAUGGUUCGUGGAGGUCGACCGAAGAACUAGCAUUCCCGUCUGCAAGUCUUGUGGCUUCUGACUCGCCUCCUGUACGCAUUAUGGAAGAAAUAGUUGCUGUCGACGUCUUCAAAUCAAAAUCUGGCCAGACCCUCGUCGACUUUGGCCAGAAUCUCGUUGGAAAGCUCCAAGUGCGUCUUCCUACCUCAGCCUCUGACGGCCACAAGAUAUCAUUCAGCCAUGCCGAGGUCCUCGAGCACGGCGAGCUUGGGACUCGGCCAUUGAGAGGCGCCCGACCGGUUGACAACGUGGUCUUGUCUCAGCAUCAACCGUCAACAUGGUCGCCAAAGUUCACUUUCCACGGCUUUCGUUACGUUCAAGUCGAUGGCUGGCCAGAUAAUGAAAGGCUGCCUAGCCGCGAUGAUAUUACAGCGCUCGUGAUGCAUAGUGACAUGAAUCGUACUGGCUGGUUCUCGUGCUCCGAACCCCUCAUCAACAAGCUGCAUCAAAAUGCGCUGUGGAGCAUGAAGGGCAAUUUCCUUUCUGUACCUACAGACUGCCCGCAGCGUGACGAGCGACUUGGUUGGACUGGAGAUAUUCAGGUAUUCAGCCCAUCGGCAAAUUUCCUCUUCGAUACGAGUGGCUUCAUCGGCAGCUGGCUCAGUGAUGUUGCGGCCGAGCACUUGGAGGAAAGGAGACAUGGAGUUCCAGGAUUGGUAGUCCCAGAUGUGUUUGACAUUCCUGCCUGGCCACCGGGCCCACAGUCUGUCUGGCACGACGUUACUGUCUUGACGCCAUGGGAUUCGUACAAUAGCUCUCGCGACGUAGAGGUGCUGCGAAGACAAUACGAUAGCAUGAAGGCUUGGGUUGACAAGGGCAUUCCUCGAGGGCCAAAUGGUCUUUGGGAUCAGAAUGUCUGGCAGUUUGGCGACUGGCUGGACCCUUCUGCCCCGCCGGAAGAGCCCGGAAAGGGUCUUACUGAUAGUGUUUUUGUCGCCGACGCCUACCUGGUUCGAGUGCUCGAAACCAUAUCCAAGGUCAGCUCGCUGCUUGGGGAGGAGAAGGACGCAUCUCGCUACCUUGAAGAGGCUACAAAAGUGAGGAAGGCGUUUCAAAACGAAUACACCACGCCAUCGGGGCUUCUUGUCAGCGAUACACAGACCGCGUAUUCGCUUGCAAUUUCGUUUGGCCUAUUCGACCGAAAAGACCAAAUUAUGAAAGCCGCAAGCCGUCUCAGUCACUUGGUUCACGCGGCCAAAUACCGAAUAGCGACUGGCUUUGUGGGAACACCGCUCAUUACGCAUGCGCUCUCCGACACUGGCAACUCCCAACUGGCCUUCCGUAUGCUGCUGGAACAAUCUUGUCCGUCUUGGCUCUACCCAAUUACAAUGGGCGCCACUACGAUAUGGGAAAGAUGGGAUAGCAUGAUGCCAGAUGGAUCCAUCAACCCGGGCUCCAUGACGAGCUUCAAUCACUACGCGCUGGGCUCGGUUGUGAACUGGCUGCAUAAGAACGUUGGCGGGAUAAGCCCACUUGAGCCCGGGUGGCGAACGAUUAAGAUACGACCUGUCCCAGGUGGCACAAUAACAAGUGCCAAGGUAGAAUACGAAAGCGUAUAUGGGCGAAUCGUCUCCUCAUGGAAGAUUGAUGAGACGGAUGGGGCAUUUAAUCUUACAGUUACUAUUCCUCCCAACUCAAAGGCCGUUGUCAUCUUGCCAUCUGAUUGGAAGGCGACAGGGCAAGGCGACGAGAAGGGAACUGAGAUUGGAUCUGGAACUUAUGAGUUUUCCUGCAGUUACACGCCUGACGAGUGGCCUCCUAAAGCAGAGCUUAGGCGCUCUACGUUUCGGCUUGAGUUAUAA